AUGCGCGCGCCGAGCGGGCCACGUGACCCGGUGGCGGGGGUGGGGCGAGAGGGACGGGGAGCCGACGGCCGGGAAGCGGCAGUGUGGUGCGCGAUGGCGGCAAGGGAGCAGCUGCAGGUGGAGGCGCAGGAGCAGCCGCAGCACGUGCAGGCCGGCGCCGGCGAGUGCUCGCGCCCGCGCCCGCUCUUCAUCGUCGCAGCCAGCUUCCUCUGCAAUGGCAUCAUCUUCGGGGUCAUCAACUCCUACAGCGUCUUCUACGUGCAGCUGCUCGCCAAGCUGGAGCGCAACGGAGUCUCCGAGGCGUCUUCCAAGGCCUCCCUCGUUGGUGCCCUGGCCAUGGGAACAACUUUCAUCCUCUCUCCUGUUGCGGGCGUCCUCACCGACCGCUUUGGAAUCCGCCUGACAACGUUCGUUGGCGGCGCGCUGGCCUCGGGUGGAAUGUUCCUCUCCUCUUUGGUGGAACCAAUAGAACUUCUCUGUUUCACAUAUGGAAUCAUGUUUGGAACAGGAGCCUCCCUGGUCUACACUCCUUCCCUUGUAAUUCUGGGCCAUUACUUCAAGAAAUACAUGGGCAUUGUGAAUGGAUUUGUAACUGCUGGGAGCUCUGUAUUCACUAUAGUGAUGCCUUUUGUUAUCGAAGGCCUGCUGACUGCAGUGUCAAUGGAGUCGUGUAUGCAGUUUCUUGCUGGUCUAAUGGCGCUCAUGAUGCUAUGCGCAGUGCUGUUUAAGCCAGUCAAACCAGCCAGUGAUGCGUCUAACAACGUAAAAACUGGUUUCAAAUCACUACUGAAUGUGGACAUAUGGAAAAAAAAGAAGUAUGUUAUUUGGGCAAUUGCUGUUCCUUCAGCGCUUUUUGGGUACUUUGUUCCCUACAUACACAUGCUGAAAUUUGUGCAAGACUCUUUCCCUCAAGAAGAUGGAAAGCUCUUGAUAAUGUGUCUUGGAGCUACUUCUGGAUUAGGCAGAUUAAUUUUUGGAAAGAUUGCAGACAUUCCAAAAGUCAAUCGAAUAUUUCUACAACAAAUAUCGUUUGUAGCAAUUGGCUGCCUUACCAUGCUACUGCCAAUAGUAAACAAGUUUGGCAUUCUCGUGGUAAUAGCGUUGUGCAUGGGACUGUUCGACGGGUGUUUCAUCAGCCUUCUUGGUCCAAUAGCUUUUGAAAUAUGUGGUCACAAAGGAGCUCCACAAGCAAUUGGCUUCUUACUUGGAAUGUGCUCAGUGCCAUUAACAGUGGGGCCACCAGUCGCAGGUAUUAUAUACGACCACACCAAAUCGUACACAAUACCUUUCCUGCUGGCUGGAGUGCCCCCAAUUGUCGGAGGAAUCGCGCUGUACUUGGUACAGUGCGUUACAGACGACGAUGAUGAAGACAGAGCUAUGAGCGAAGCCAAGUCUCUACAAGUAAUAGACACUCACGCUGCAGUCGAAGACAAUAAGCUGGGAGUUAUAACUAACUGUAAUUCACCGAGCCAUCCAUUAACACUCGAAAAUGGAACAGUUGACAAACAUAUAAGUACUGGAAAUGACUGUGCUGAUGAUGAUGUACUUGGGGAACUACCACACAUAACUGAGGCAGAAUCUCUUCUUGAGGAAGUGAACAGAGCAAUGAAUGGAAAAGUUGGAGUUUGACAGUGUUCUAUGUAAUGAAAUGUAAUUUUGUCUCUAAAGACUAAAAAUAAUCUACAGGGACUGAUGUACAAUUUUUACAGUGGUUUCCAACAUACAUUUUACAAUAAAAGAAAUAUUAACUAGAAAUACAAUUUGUAACUUUGUGAAACACACUUCAUUCUUUUUCUUGUUCUCAAUGGGAUAAAGCUGAACAUGACAUGUUUAUGCAUUUCUUUUUAUGUUUGCUUCUACUAUGUCUUUUCAUGGGAAGAAGCAGUGUUUAGUGUUCAUCUUAUUUCAAUUCCAGUAGAAGCAUUUACUGAGUGAAACAAUCGAGCAUGAAAUCACUAAUGUCUUACUUAUUGCACAUGCAUUUGUACUUACAUGGUUAUGUCAACAAUUUUAAGCAUUAUUGUCACAAGCAUUUCCAAAAGUCGCUGUUUUUUAUAUUCAGUUCAUGAUUAAGAUCUGUAAAAUAUUUAUUUGUAAUCAUUACAACUAUUUAUAUUUUCUAAUACAGCUUUAAUUCCAAGAAGUGCAAUUUUAUUCGAUAGUGAAGUUAGGUGAUACACCAUUCUUUUUUGAAUAUUUAAUUUCCAUGUAAUGGACUUUACAUAUUUCCAUUUUGUUUUUCCUAAGUUAAUUGUUAUUUUUUCCAUUAUGAUUUCGCACUUUCAUAAAUAUGCAUGAGUCCUUUUUUGCAACACUAGUCUAAGACCACAGGAUAUAUGAGACCGUAGUACUGAUUUCCAAUUUUUAUAUUGCUGUUAUUCAGCUGCAGAACUCUAUAUGUAUAAAAUGCUAAAUGUUCCUAGUAUAACAGUGCCUGUUGUGAUACUAGAUUGUGACAGUGAUCUCCAAAUUUGUGUUCUCCGUAUAACAGUUAAAUUACAAAUGUUUUUGUUUUACUGGAAAAAUUACAAAAAUUUUGUUAAAGCAGUUUUCUAUUUAUUUAUGCCACUGUUUAAUACAAGGGUCAAUGACACUACCAGCUUGCUACAGGAAGUUGUAACCUUAAACAACUUACAUAUCUUUGACAUAUCUUUCAAUUCAAUCAGUGGUAUCAAUAUCAUGACAAAUGUAAGAAAUGUACAAUUUUCAAAACAGUUUUAAUUAUCUUUACCAAAAUUUUAUUAACUCUUAUGCCACUCCUUUUGUUAGGGGUUACCCAUAUGACCUUUACCUCCUCUAAGAAAAUCCUGUAUGUCUUAACAAUUUAUGAAACUGCUCUAGCUACUUUACUGGAAAUUUAUUAAUGGCUCUUUUCCUUUAUUUGAUUAAAAAUUUCUGAAUUUGGUUUUUGUUGAGCUAUAAUGUAUAAAAUUUGUAUCAUCUAUCUGUACUUAAGUGUUUAAAAUAUCCUGUAGAGCAGCAACCACAUAUCUACAAGUUCUUUUGUUUUUUGACUAUUAUGCAAAAAAACAAUUUAAAACUGUUUUAAGAAGGAAUGAAGUGUAAAUUGCUUUAGUAACUCAAUUUAACAUAGGUCUCAUGCAUUACAGAGAUGCUUAAUAUAUCUUAAAUGAGCAUUUUGUUUACAAAAGAAAUAUUCUGGAACUUCAGCAAUAAAUUUCCUAGGUUUACUGAAAUAGACCAAACAACUUAUCUGUCAGUACCAUCAUUACUUAACUCAUAGAGGUCCUGGUAUUUAUCAAAAAAUCUUACAAAAGGGAAUGCCAGCUGUGGGUAACAAGUAUACCUAAAUAUGAACAUAUCCGUAAGAAAUACCCGCCACAAUUAUAUUGAUAAACCUAUUUGAUUUUAUUCCAUAUUAAGACAAUAGUUGUUUGCUCAGCGGAAGUGUUGUUAUUUUGACGAAUUAUUAUCCUGACAAGACGCAAUUCCUAAUAGAAAUAAUGUAGAAAUUGAGAAGAUGUACUUUUUUGAACCACAAGUUUCUGUUUUAGAGAUAAAAUAGGAAUAUUUUCACACAAAUAAAAGAAUAAUAGCAGGUUACUCAGGCCCUAUAUUAAGAGCAUGGAUAGAGGAAAGUUUAUGAAGAUUACCUAGUAAUGCUCCUUGAAUGGAUUACAGGUAGUGGACCAGUGCCACGGCUUAAAUGGCCUUCCCGCAUAGCAUAAGUGUCUUUAAUUUUCUGGAACAUGAACUGGUCGUCAUACACAUCGCAUCAUCUCAUCACAUUUCUGCACCUAGCACCAGCCCUCCCUUUCAGUUUACUGUAAAUGUUUAGUGUCUGAUCCUUUUCCCCCAUUUCUUAUCCUUAAUCAAGCUUCAUUCUUCCUUUGUGACAGUUUUGCUUGCACACCAUACCACAUACGUCAUCCCCAGGCUCUCUGUCUCAUAUGCCCCCUCUCUUUCUUUCUUAUGUCAUCUCAACUUCUUUAGCCUCUGCUUCCAACACAGUUACCCUAACAUCUAUAUACACCACCAUCAUUGUAUCCCUUUGCUUCUGUCGUUUUAUUCCAUCUUACGCCAUCUGUAAUGUGGCACUACCUCAGCAAUGCUCCCUUAUAAUGUUACAUGGAAAAACCUCAUAGAUGCCAUUCCUCCACUAUCCUUUAUCCAUGCACCUACAUGAUGUUUGUCAUUUUCUAUCCCUCAGCUCCUCUUCUCUAGCUGUUGUGAAGAAACUUGUGGUUAGAAUAUUAUUAUGUGUAAAAAUUUACUGAGAAAGUUUUGACUGGCUUAUAUUUUUUAUUUGAUUAAAAAUUUCUGUAAUAGAUUUUUAUUGCUCCAUAAUAUUUAUUUAAAUUAUGUUAUUGCAUUUUUCGGCAUCUUUCUAGAAAGCAGUAUCAUGUAACACUGUGAUUCAUCAAAUUAGUGUGACUGAUUUUAUACUGUUGACAUUUUUGAGGCAUUUUUCUUUGCAAUUAAGGAUACUAUAUGUGAUGAUUAAUAUCAUAAGAUAAAAACAUUAUUUUACUAUUCUAUAACGAUAUAGAAAUUUUAAAGUUUUUUUUUGUCAUUCUGAUGAAGCAUCUCAGUUCCGCCAUUAUUUAGCAAUGUGGGGGGCAUCAUUUCAUACUUGAUUAUCUUCUGUAAGAUCAGUGGAGCAAAUGAGUCUCUGCAAGGAACUGUCUUAAGUUACCACAAAAAUAUGCCAAAACAGCUGUGCACAAAAAUUUUACUUCAUAAAUGUGGUAAGGGAAGUUCUGACAGAAUGUAAAUUCAGAAUUUAAAUUCACCAAAUAGCAGAAGUAUUGAGUCGGUGACAGGCAUAAUCAAAAGAGAAUGAAAACUUGCUAACAAUUUUAAUAAACUUUUUUGGAACAGCGAUCAAAAAUUUUUUGAAAACUUGCUAGCUUUCAAAAGAAGUGCUAUGACAAGCUAGGGUACAAAAAGCCACUCACUCACACACAAACACACACACACACACACACACACACACACACACCUGUGCCCCUCCACAUUGUACCAGCUAAACACACAAUGCUGAAGCUGCAGUUUGCAAAUGGACUGGAAGGGAGAGGGGUAGGGCGUGAAACAGGCAGGAAGCAAGAAGUGAGGUAGUAGAAGAGUAGCUAGUUGCUCAGAGAGAGGUAAAUGGUGUGCUGGAAAGGAAUGUGGAGGGAUAAGUGUCAGGUGUGUGGACUAUGCGUGUGACACUCAGACACUGGAGUCAGUGAUUUGCAAUGAACAAUGAAGAUGAUGUGAAUGUGUGGGUUGCAAAGGGGUAACAGGACAGAAGAAAGAGAAGCUGUUGGGUAGAGGGUGUGGGACCACUGACUUAGCGAGGAUUCAGGCCAGAGAGUUGUGGAAGCGAAAGAUGUUUUGCAGGACAACUCUCACCUACAUAGUUCAGCAAAGCUGGCGCUGGAGUGAAGGAUCCAGAUGGUGUAGUUUAUGAAGCAGCCACUGAGCUUGAAUUCAGUAUAUGCUUCAUAGCUCAUGUCAUCAGGAUCCUUCUCUCCAGCACCAGCUUUUCUAAACUAUGUAGAGUAGAGUUAUCAUUAUGAAAUAUCCUUCUCUCUCAUAACCCACAUGAUCUCAGUCUCUGAUAACCCACUGUCCCCACACCCUCUAGCUAACAGUUAUCUCUUCCUCUGUUCUCUCAUCCAUUCCCAGUCCUUUGUUUCGUUUUCAAUGUGUACUGCAGCUCAUUGGCUACAGUACUCAUGUAUCAUAUCCCAAGUCUGUGCAUCCAUCCCUCUCUCCUGCAUUCAUAGCUGGCACAACUUCUGCCUCCCUCCAAGCUGCUAACUACCCACCCCUAACAUCUUAGCCUGGGUUUUGCCUCUUUCUCCCUCUACCUACCCCAGCUGACAUAUUGCCCAUCCCACACUAGCCCACCUGCCAAUUUGCAAUCCUGGCAUUGUGCAUCUAGCAUUCUGUCAAAUGAUUUCUUCCAAAAACUAGCAAGUUCUCAUUGCCUUUUGUGUGUGACUAUCACUGACUCAACAAUUCUCUUAUUUGGUCAGUGUUUUCCUUUACUUCUAAAAGAUUUUAUUUUUCUUUACUUCACAUGUUUACCAAUAAUUUAAUGCAUGCAAGAUAUGUUCAUAUGCAAAGUUACCAGUUGGUUGUUUUUGCAUUGAAUGUAUCUCCAUAGACAGGCUGCUGUUUUAGUUUCCCUUAGUUUUUGAACUAUUCUGUAUUUCAAAAAGAAAGGCUGUUUCUGUCCUACAAACUUGAGUACUAGCAUUAAUUUUGUGAAAAGUAUUUUACAUAUCAUUAGAAACAUUUGGGCUAUCAAAUAAACAUAACACAUGGGAAGCUAUGAGUAUAUUCGUAGUCUCAUAUUAUGCCAUAUCUAUUACUGAUGUGGUUUCCUGCGUAUUCCUUCAUUUUGGUUCUGAUAACUUGAGGGUAUACAGUUUCCCAGUACAGAAGGAACAAGAUUACAUUUUAGGAAUAAAAAGGACUGAUAAAGUUAAGGAACAGUUCAUUUAUGACUAUAAUUAAAAUUCUAGAAUUGAUGAGCUUUCUAUUUUACCUGUUAAUUAAACAAGGCUUACAUGUUCCAACAUUACAUGAAUUUCAUCACUGUUUGAUUAGAGGGUGAUUGUGUAUGAAUAGUAGAUGGACUGGACUCAGCACUUGGAUGUUUAGCCACACCAUUAUGUUAUUCUGUACAUGUGGUUAAUAAUAGUUUAUAUUUUCUUAUUAAUCUGUCAAAGCGUAUGUCAUACAUAUACUUUCGUAAGCCACAUGAUAUAGAUUUAUAAAAGAGCUCAAAACUGGUUAUUACUACAUUGUUGUAUCUGCAUUUAAAUGAAUGAAUGUUACUAUUUAGAGUCAUUGUGCUGUUACAAAAUAUAGCACUUGUUGCCAGAAUGAUGUAGUUUUUAAAUACUUCAUUUGAAUUGAGAAAUAUACUCUGUUUUUAGGAUUUAAUGUUGGUAAUUUUGAAUUAAGUUUGCAGCUACAGGGUUUAAGCUAUAACACUUACUUUCCAAGUAACUAAGUUGCAACUGUCUUAUAAAAUUUAACUUAAUGAUAUGAGGAUAACAGUGUGUAUCACUGCUUAUGAGAAUAUGCUCAAAUUUUUAUAGACAAAUGUUGUGGAACAACUUUUGAUGUUAAUGUUCCUGUAUUUAAAACAGACACACAGAUGAAAGGAGAUUAAUAAAAAUUUUCUAUAAAAAAGUA